CUUUCUAAGAAAAUGAAACAAAUUGAUUAAAAAGAGUAAUAAUUCAAUGAAGUUGGCGAAGAGAUCAUAACAGAAAUAAUUUAGAGAGUAGAUAACAACUUUAAAAAAUUAAAUAAAUUCAUGUAGUAAUAUUCAGACAAAUAAGUGAUUUUAUUAUGUGGUAAUACUGGAGCUGGAAAGAGUACACUCUAUAAUUGGCUUUUAGGAGCAAAAUUCGAAAUAAAUGAAGGUUAUUUAGAAGUAAUCCAAACUCAUGAAGAUAUGUAUGUAUCGAAAAUUGGAUCGACAUCUACUUCAAUUACAUAAACUUCAAUUUAUGCGUAUAUUUAAGAAUUGGAUCAUGUUCUUAUAGAUUUACCUGGAUUUGCAAGCACUAUUAGUGAUUAUCAUAAAUUGUUUAUUGAUGUACUUUUUCAGAAAAUAACAGAAUCUUUCAAUACUAAAAUUGUUUAUGUAUUAGACAGCUCUUCAAAAGUAUUAUAAAAUAGAGGAGCAGAUUUUAUUUAAUUCAUCUAAUCUUCUUUAGGUAAUAAUUAACAUUCUACUCAAAAAAUAAAUUUUAUUAUUAAUCAAUAUAAUGAAGAUGGAUCAGAUGAAGAUUAAAUUAAUAGAGUUAGAUAAUAACUAAGUUCAAGAAAUGAAUUUAAGGCAGGAUUGCCUAAAAAUAUAUAAAUUGUAAGAAAAAUAAAGAAUCAAGAAAUGAUUGAUUAAGUUUUCUCAAUUAAAAAAAAGUAAGAUAUUAUCUAAAGUUUAAUCUAAUCAGAACCAAUUAAAAUAUAACUUUAACAUGUAACCCAAUUAUCAAGUUCUGAUAUUGUGAAUAAUUACUUAAUGAAUAAAAGUACAAUUUAUUUCAAAGAAUUAAAAGAAAAAUCUUUAAAAAUUUAAGAGAUGAUUGAUAAUAAACAUAUAUUUAAGAUUACAAUUCCAAAAAAGUAAGAAGAAACUAACUCUGACUCAAGUUUACCUUAAACUAUAGAAAGCUUAUAUAUGUUAUAUACUUGCUUAAUUUCAAAUUAGCCAUCUGAUAUUAAAGACGAUGAGGACUUUUAAAACUUUAAAAAAAUUUUUUAAUAUUUUUUACGUUAUUAAAGCUCUUUCAAUUGCUAUUUUUGUUUGAAUAGUUUAGAAAAUGGCGAAAUUACAAGAUUUAAUAGCAUUAUUGAUUAUUUACAAAAAACUCAAGAUAAAACCUAAACAUCUAAUAUGAAUAAAAAAUUAGAUUAAUUUUAAAUUAAUCCUGAAAUACCUGAUAUCGAAUAGAUACAAAAAAAAUAACAUAAAUGGAUAAAGAUUUUUGAAGAUGUUUAUUAUUUUGUGGUUAUAAUUGCUAAGACAGUUUUGAUCAUUACUGCUAAAAAAGAAUGA